UAGAUAAGAGUUUUACAUAAGCCACUCUUAUAAACAAUCCACUCAGUGUAAAAUGUGAUGGAUGUUAAAAUGAAUUUUCUGCUACCAUUUUUUUUACUUUUUCCAAGUAUUUUGGGUAACGUUAGAAUAGACCCAUUGGUAGACGCACCUGUUGGAUUGAUACGAGGAUUGAGGGCUACAGAUGGUGAUUACUCUAAGUUUAUGGGCAUUCCUUAUGCCAAGAUUAACGAUAAUAACCCAUUUGGGGCAUCCAUUCCGAUAACAAAAUUUGAUGGUGAAUUUGAAGCUUAUAAUGAUGCAAAAACAUGUCCACAAUACAGAUUUGGACAAAUUAUCGGAGUAUUGGAUUGUCUUCACUUGAAUGUUUUCGUUCCAAAUUCAGCAAAUUCUCAAAACAAAGUGCCUGUAAUGGUAUGGAUUCAUGGUGGUAGUUUUCAUAAAGGAACUGGUGGAAUAUCAGAAAACGGACCAAAAUAUUUGGUAAAACAUAACGUUAUUCUUGUAACUAUAAACUACCGACUGGGACCAUACGGUUUUAUGUGUCUUGACACUCCGGAAAUACCUGGCAAUCAAGGACUAAAAGAUCAACUAACAGCAUUACGAUGGAUUAAAAAUAAUAUCGAAUCAUUUGGAGGUGAUACUAAUAAAAUAACCCUAUUUGGUGUAAGCGCUGGAGGGCACUCUAUCGACUUGCAUCUACUUUCCAAUCAUGAUAAUCUAUUUAAUAACAUUAUACUUCAAAGCGGAUCUUCAUUAGCUACAACGGUGCUUAUAGAACAUGACAAACAGGCUCCAAUAAAAUUGUCUGAACAACUCGGUUAUAUUACCGAUUCUUUAGAUGAUGCAAUAACAUUUUUAACUCAAUCUGAUCCUAAUAUGGUUAUAGCAGCAGUAGUGGCAACUGAUAUAGAAUUCAAACCAUGUGCUGAACAAAAAUUUGAUGACGUGGAGUCUUUUAUAAAUAAUGAUUGGAUUAAUACUAAUGCUAUUGUACCAAAAAUAAGAAAUUUACCGAUACUAACUGGAUUUACUAGUAAAGAACAAGCGAGUACUCUUGCUGAUAAAAGUUCGGAGUAUUUUGCUAAUUUGAACGUGAUCCAUAAAGAAUUAGCAAAAAUAUUUAAUUUUAAUACAGAGGAGUUAACUGAGAUGGAAACAUAUGUAAGAAGUUUUUAUCUUGGCGAUAAUGGCUAUAGCAAAGAGUAUAAAGACGAAAUCGGAAAUUUCCUAUCUGACCACACGUAUAUUCAUCCAAUACAUAGAAGUAUUAGAAGAUAUUUAACAAAUUCAGCAGCAAAUGUAUUUCUUUACAUGUUUUCAUAUGUUGGUGGACGAAACUACGAACAAAAUACAUUUAAUGAUACCAUAGACGGUACAGUGCACGGUGACGAACUCGGCUAUAUAUUUACUAAAUUAAAUGCAACUGAGCCAAGUGAUGCUGAUAAAGACAUGAUAGAUAAGGUGACUGCUUUGUGGACUAAUUUUGCUAAAUACAGUGAUCCAACUCCAGAAAUUACCGACCUGCUUCCUGUGAAAUGGUUACCAGUUGAAUCAGACCAGUGGUACUACCUGAAUAUCGACUCACAACUCACACUUGGCAGCAGACCGUAUCAUAAGAGAAUGGCCUUCUGGGAUCUAUUCUACAAGCUCAAUGGAAAGAAACAGAAAGGUUAUGUUGCCUUGUAAUCGUGUAAUGAAAGAUUAUUUAAAUGAUCACUGUUAUAUAUUAAAAGGUCUAAUUUAUUAAUAAACCAGUUUGUUAAAUACAAAUGCACAUUUACAGUUAAGGCGCCAAACCACACAUAGACAAGGAAUGGGUUAGUGAUAUGACAUCUGACACUCUUCCACCCUUUGACUUAAACAUUACAAUA